AAUUGAUGCCUGAUAGAAUUGAUAGAUAUUCACUGUAAGAAAGAUAUAUAAGAAAUAUAUUAGGUACCUAUGUAAAGUAUAAUAAUUAUUAUACGUAAUACACUAUAAUAUAAUACCUAUUGUAGUUGGGUAACUAAUACAAUAUUAUAAGAAUAGUUAAUAGUUUAGAAUAUUACAGGACGUAUAACGAUAAUAUAGCUAUUUUAACAACUUAAAUGUUAUGAUUUACAUUAUUCAUUUAUUCGUAACUCGGGCCGUUGAAUUGUAUAUUUGUAUUAUUUUGUACUGCGUUAACUGUUGAAUGUCAUAUUAUACACUAUACAGUUUGUAGUUAGUGAAUACUGGGUAUUUUUCAUUAAAAUAUCGAAUAAAUAACAGGAAAUACGUCAACACAUGUAAUGAUGGUUGGUACAAUAAUUGUAACGAAAAAUCUAAAAUUAUCGCGGAAUAUCGUAAUCACAUGGAAUACCCGUAAAGUGGUAGUAUGCCAGUAUAAUAUCAAAAAUAUUUUUAGAUUUUAUGGUUUUAUUAUAAAAUAAUAAAAGUAUAUAUUAUUAUAUAUAAUUAUUAUUUUAUCGAUGAAAACAUUAUUAAAUAUUAAUUUUCACAUAAUUCUUCAUUCAGUCCGUCAGUCGUGUGCUGUGUUACCAUUUGGCAUUUUUUAUUUAUUUAGCUCUUGUGUAAACUGUGCAUCAUUUAAUUAUUAUAGUGUUGAUUCUACAUUAUACGUAAUUAUUUAUUUUUAAAAUUCUCACGUGUUAUUAAUUACAAAUUUAUUAUGUCGGAAUCUGAAAAAUUGAUGUGUGUAUGCGGUAAAAAACGAGAAAACCUGAAUAUUACAAAUUGGAAAAGACACCUGGACAAUUGUAAGCAACGUAAAACGAAAAUUAAUUCUCGAAGCAUUACUUCCUUUUUUAAUACACCGAAACCGAAGAAAAUAUGUAUGGAUACCGAUAUAAUUCGUUAUCCUUAUCCAACUCCAAAUGCGUUCAUAAAUGAUCCAGGUUCUAGUGUUCAUGAGCAAAUUAAGAAAAAAGACAUGAUUCUUACUCCCAGUUCAGUAAAUAAAAACGUUUUGGACUCUGUUGUGGGUAAUACAUUUAGUCAAAUCGUAAACGAAAUUGAUCAAGAUAGUGGUAAUCCUUUUAAUAAAAAUGUUUUGGACUCUGUUGUGGGUAAUACAUUUAGUCAAAUCGUAAAAGAAAUUGAUCAAGAUAGUGGUAAUCCUUUUAAUAAAAAUGUUUUGGACUCUGUUGUGGGUAAUACAUUUAGUCAAAUCGUAAAAGAAAUUGAUCAAGAUAGUGGUAAUCCUUUUAAUAAAAAUGUUUUGGACUCUGUUGUGGGUAAUACAUUUAGUCAAAUCGUAAAAGAAAUUGAUCAAGAUAGUGGUAAUCCUUUUAAUAAAAAUGUUUUGGACUCUGUUGUGGGUAAUACAUUUAGUCAAAUCGUAAAAGAAAUUGAUCAAGAUAGUGGUAAUCCUUUUAAUAAAAAUGUUUUGGACUCUGUUGUGGGUAAUACAUUUAGUCAAAUCGUAAAAGAAAUUGAUCAAGAUAGUGGUAAUCCUUUUAAUAAAAAUGUUUUGGACUCUGUUGUGGGUAAUACAUUUAGUCAAAUCGUAAAAGAAAUUGAUCAAGAUAGUGGUAAUCCUUUUAAUAAAAAUGAUAUGAAUUUUAUCAAUACUAACAUGGAGACUGUCGAUAUCGAAGUGGAUACUGAGAUGGAGACUGUAGACAUGUUCAGAAAUGAUCCAGCACAUUUUGUCAAGUUAAAACAUAUAAACCGGAAAUUAGAAGUUUAAUAUUAGAACUAGGUCCUUGUCAACCAUUGUCAAAUGAUCUUCCAGGAAAGAGUUUUCCUAAAAAUGGUUCAAAAGAAAAUAGAAGCUUUAAAGAAAUAUACUAUUACCGGAUUCUUCCUGACAAAACAAAAUGUCUCCGCGAUUGGCUGUCAUAUUCUCCAAGCAAAAACAAAAUAUAUUGCAUGCAUUGUUUUUUAUUUGGGACAAAUUUGCACAAAAAUUUAGAAAAAUCAUGGACAAAAAAUGGAUUUGACUCAUGGAAAAACUUGUCUUCUGGAAUAGAGUAUCAUGAACUUACAAAUGAUCACAUAAACGCCACAUUAAAGUAUAAACUUCGAAAAACUUCAACUCCAAUUUUGCCUAGUUUGGAAUACCAGCGUAAAAUUGAAGUCGCAAUGAAUCGACAAGUAAUAAAUGAAAUUAUAGACAUUGUUUUAUACUUAGCAAGACACAAUCUGGCUUUUCGAGGUCAUAGAGAUAACUGGUCAGUAAGUUCGCCUGGUGGUAAUUUCAAAGACUUGGUUAUUUUAAUAGCUAAAAGUUCAGCUCCAUUAUCUGACCAUUUAAAUAGUAUAAAACUAAAAAAAAAGGUCAAAUUUCUUUUGUUACCUGGGAAAGACAGAAUCAGUUAAUAGAUUCAAUAUCUCAUGAUAUUUCCUCUCAAAUUCAACAAGCAGUUGUUCAAUCCAAUAUGUUUAGUAUAUCUAUUGAUUCUACUUUUGAUGCUUCACGUCGCGAACAAGUAUCAUUUGUUAUUAGAUAUGUUGAUGAUAAAUUUGGGUUAAUUCACGAAAGAGUCAUUGCUAUUAAAGAAUCACCUAUUACAACAGGAAAAGACUUGUACAGCUUAUUUGUUGCUAUUAUGGAAAAAGAAAAACUUAAUUGGAAAGAUUGCCUUGUUGGGCAGUCUUAUGAUGGUGCUUCAAACAUGCGAGGAAAUUACAAAGGCUUACAAGCACAUAUAAACAGAGAAUGUCCACAAGCUUUGUAUGUAUGGUGUCAUGCCCACCGACUAGCCUUGGUAGUCAAGCAAGCUGUAUCCUGUGACUCAAAUUCAAGAGACUUGUUUGGAAAUUUGGAAAGUCUAUAUGUCUUGUUAUGGUGUUCAAAAAAAAGAGCAGCAACAUUUAGAGAAGCUCAAAAAAAACACUCAGACUUAAAAUACACCCAACAACAUGCUGUUAAACGAGUCUGUACAACACGUUGGAAUUCCCAUUCAGCAGCUUUGAAUGUAGUUUUCAAGUUCCAUCAUGCAGUUUUACAAACAUUGGAAGAAAUAAAAAAUCUUGAAGGUGUUACUGAUGCAACUGUUGGUGCCAAUUGUAGUGGUCUUAUAGAAUAUUUUACAUCACGGAGAUUUUAUUAACUGCUUUCACAUUCAAAAAGCUAUUUGACAUAUUAGAAGUAGUUACAAGACAAUUCAAACACAUGAUAUGGAUAUUUUAUUGGCAACAAGUAUCGUAACUAAAACAAUUAAUUCGAUUAGAAAAUUGAGAGCAAAUAAUUCAUUUGAGGAAAUUAUAAAAUUAACAGAUAAUUUUAUCAAUGAGAGUGACACAGAUUUUUUACCAUUAAAAAAUAUCAGACCUAGGCGUGUUCCAAUUAAAGCAGGUGAACUAAUGCAAGAUGAUCCUAUUGUUUGUCCAACUAAAAAGUUUGAGGUAGAAACUUACAAUGCUGUAAUAGAUAUGACUCUAAAUGAAUUGAGUGACCGGUUUGAAACCACAAAUAUUGGACCAUUAAGAGACAUAGCAUUGCUCUCAUAUCGUAGAAUACAAGAAGUGCACAAUGAUCCAACAAUGCUACCAAAAGAUUCAUUUAUAGAGUUAUGUGAGGUCUAUUCAAAAAUUAAUAGAGAUUGUUUGAUUUCUGAAUAUAUGCAGUUUUGUAAAAAUUUCAAUGAAUUUGAGAAUAACUUAAAUUUACCAAAGUUUUUGCAUGAUGUUAGUAAUAAUAAUUCAAGUGAUGAUGAAGAUGAAAAUGAUAAUAAUGAUGACAUUUCUAUGCUUGAACUAAAUACAUAUGAUGAUUUAAAUGAAACUUGGGAUGAUCAAAGAACAAUUAAAAACAUUGGAAGUACUAAAAAAAUUUUUCAAAUGUUUUGUACAGCUAAUUUAACCAGUUGUUUUCCAAAUUUGUAUGUAGCAUUAAAAUUAUCAGUCAUUCUUCCAAUUUCUAGUUGUAGUGUAGAGCGUUCAUUCUCGAAAUUAAAACUGAUAAAAACUAAACUUCGAACUUCCAUGCUACAGGAUAGGUUAGAAAACUUGAUGAAAAUCAGUUGUGAAAAAGACUUAGAUCCAGUAGUAGACAAUAUAAUUUUAUCGCUAGCUGGAAAAAGUUCCCGCUUAUGUAAAGCAUUAGUGUAUUAAUGUACUUUGUUAAUGUAUGUUUAAGUUAUAUAUUUUUUAUGAACAAAUGUUUAAUUUUUCUUUUUGUAAAUACAUUCCACCAUUGAUUAUAAUAAUUUGUUAUUUCUAUUCAAUUAAUAUGAAUUUAUAAUAUUAAAUAAUUAAAAAUUGAUUUGUUAUGACAA